AUGGUUCUCAAGCGUACGGCAGAAGACGUCGCCGCCGCUGCUCUCCAGCCAACUAACAAGAAGCCUCGGCGCCCCGCUACCUCUCCUCAAGCCUCUGAUACCUCUACCGAAGCCAAUAGCUUGGCCACUAUGUCCAAUACCUCGGAUUCCGCAGUAGACGCAUCGCGUACUGAGCAGACCCAAUCAGCUGGUACUGGUCUGAAUCAAGAAGCGCAGUCGAGCCCCUCUGAUCUUGCGAACGUCGCCGCUGCGUCUGCACCUGCCGAAGGUGCGGCUCCUGUUUCCGGAUCUGUGCAACCGUCCUCUGGUAAUCAGACCAACACCUCGGCAACGUCGCAUACUCGAAUUGGGCCGAGCCUUAACGCAGCACCGACGGCAUCUCAGCGAGCCACAGGGCAGCCGGCCACUGUCCAGACCCCUCGCGCCCCUGUUCCCCUAAAGUCCGGACUUGCAGUGACCUUGCGCGGAGGCGGCAGCCCGGGCAUCGUUGAAGCUGUCAAGCUUAGCGAUGCUUUCUUGGGGCGUGACGAAGUAGGAGAGCGUAUCUGGAACAUGCUCAGACUUCCUGGAGCUCAUCCCAAUGCUGUGAAUCUCGCUGCGGCCGAUCCUACCUUGUUCAACAGCUCGACACGCUAUGUCACCACCUACGACAGGCCUCCGGAGACUGCUGUCUCCAUUCGAUGUCGGUCUUUCGCGCGCGCUCUCGCUGUCAUUCGGCGGUUCUGUGGAGAUGGGUACUUCUACGUGAAUACCUUCAGGAAGGGGUUCAGUUUCACGACGGGAAACUUCAAUUCUCGCCUCGGCGACGAUCUCAACGCUUUCCGUCCUGUGCUAACGCGCGACACGCCUGUGCCGAUAUACGAUGGCCGUGAGCGGUUUUUGUGGCCGCAGUACGAGAAGCUUCCUCGCCUGCCGCAGUAUGAGGUCGACAAAGGCAUGGUUUGUGCUGUGUUUUUCACCCUUGGCUUCUACAAGACGACCCCAAAGGACGCCAUCGUUCGCAACGUCGUGCGCAAGACCGCGGGCAUGAACUUACAGGCCGUCAUCAUUCUCGAUAACCCAAACCCAUCCAACAAUGCGGAAGAUCGAAGAGUUGGAAGCGCCAUCAAUGUCGGCGCCGUUGCGCAGGCGCCUUCCUACAGAAACCGUAACGAGAAUGAGGUCGUGGGUUGA